AUGGAACUUACACCUACGAUAACUACUGAACAAAAUCAAUUGAAAAAUAAUAACAAACAAUCACUUCGUCGUCCAAUAAUCCAUGUUUUCACAGGCUUUCGAGCGCUAGCAUGCCUGUGGGUGUUUAUAGAACAUUGUGGACUAAAAGAUAUGGAUGAACUUGUUGCAUUAAAUAUAAAAUGGGUCGGUUAUGCUGGAGAAGCAGGUGUUGCAGUGUUUUUCUGCUUAAGCGGUUUUAUUAUGGUAUGGAAUUAUGGCGACUGUGAAUUUAAAUCAGCAAGAUGUUAUUGGUCUUUUAUCGGACGAAGAGCUUCUCGAUUAUUCCCUUUGUAUUACUUUUCACUGCUCUUAUCCAUUUACAAUAUCAGAUGUGUAUGGAGUGAAGGAAUGUCGUGCACAGUAUCAAAUUGGAUUUAUAUAUUAUCGACAUUAUUAAUUAUAACAACAUGGAUUCCAUACGUGUUUAAUGUUGAACGAUGGAAUUUCGUCACUUGGAGUGUGCAAACAGAGUGGUUUUUCUAUUUAACAUUUCCUUUCCUCAUUCGUUUAAUUCGAUACUUAUUAAAUACAACUCAAAUCAGUCUUCUUUCACAUGUUGAAAAUAAGAAAAAGACACUGAAACGUUUGUAUUUAAUGUGGUGCGUUGUUUUAUGUAUAUCAACAAUUUUCCUUCUAAUUCGACUGAUCUUACACGAUGACCUAACUGUAUCACUUACUCAUAGGCAAACGAAUAUGAUUUAUAUUUUCCCAAUAACAAGAAUUCCUGAAUUUAUUCUAGGAAUGAUAACAGGUAUUAUAUUCAUGUUAAACGCAUCAUCAGAUUAUUAUAUAGAUGGCUCAGAGACCAAUGUAGCUACUGCUUUAUUAUCCAAUAACAAUGAUCAACAACAAGCUCAAAAAAUGUCAUCUUCGAAAGUGAAUAUCCUGAAUUAUAAUUAUAAUUGUUUAAUAUUUGAUAUUUGUUUUGCUUUACAAAUAUUCUUUUUUAUUAUUAUUCUCUCUCCAUUGUUAUUCAUCGAUCUGAUGCAUACAAAGUAUCGAUACAUUAUAGGAUUUGGACCUUUGCCUUCAAUCAUUGUAUGUAUUGAUCUAUAUUUUUCUGCUAAAUAUACUCACUCAAUAACGUCGAGAUUAUUGACAACAUCACUAAUGAUAGAUAUGGGUGAAAUUUCAUAUGCAUUUUAUUGUCUAGUUGAAACACUACCUAUCGUAUAUUUAUCUAUAUCGGGCAUCACUGAAAAGAGUGCAAUUAUGAGAUUCUUUGCUGGUAUUGGUAUAGCUGUAUUUGCUCGUCAUUAUAUUGAAGUACCAUUUUAUACUUGGGCAAAUAGAAAAUUACCCAAAUGCCGAUGUCUCUAA